AUAACACUUACAAAAUAUUGGAUAGAUUAAAGUUUAUAGAAGCUGAAUUCAGGAGAACAGUUUAGGGCGUCUUUAUGCAGGUUUUAUGUAAAAGUGAAAAGUAAAAUACAGUUGGUGGGUUUCGGAAUGCUUUUGCAGUGGUAAUAUUGGAUUUGUGAUUUCGAGUCGAGUGCUGCUCAGUUAGCUACAGAUAAUUCUUCUGUAUUACAGUCUUCUGUAUUGAUGUUUUAGUUUAUUAUUAAGCUUUACAACAAGCAUCAUAUAUAAAAAUGGGGUAAAUUAUUGGAAAUGUUUCGAACACUUUUCAGUAUUAAGAUAAUGUAACAUGGACAAUGUUUGUGGAGUAAGACACCUUAAGUAAAGUUACAAGACACUUUAAGUAAAGUUACAAGAAUUAAUAAGAAGUGGAGUUCAGAAGUUGUUUAAAUAACGAAACCGGAUAUAUAUCAAGAACAAACUGUUUAAACAGACAUAAUUACAAAGGCGUGCAUUUAAAACACAAGUCAUCAUGUAAAGAUAUUAUUUCUUAUAGCCAAAUAAAAACGUCAUAAAGGUUGUUGAAUGAAAAAAAGAACAUGUAAAGUUUCAAAAUUAAAGCAAUGGAAAGUCAUCGAGAAGGCUGUUGAAAAACACAUCAUGUGAAGUUCCACCACCUUGCAGCAAUGGACAAUCUUAGAACAGGUUCUCAAGCGAUUAUUCGCUACCGAUUUCUUCAUAAAAGAAAGAAAGGCUUUGUGAGAUUACAGUCUCUCAUCACGCAGAAAAUUUUCAUCUAAGAAGGAAUAAGUCAUCCCGCUGACGUCGUCUUGUCAGCUGGAUUUAGAGGUCAUACGGAGUAAUCCAUUUUGUGUUUGCGUUUCACACGAAACGGCGUAUUAAGCAGUGAAAAGAAAGUGAAUUAAAACAAAUUAACAUAAUUUAGAUAAAAGGAUAUUAUCGGACCACGCAUAUUUAUUAAGAGGUUUCUGUGAAUUUUAAGCCAGUGUUUCGAAAUCACUGGACAUCAUUCACUAGUUAUUAACAUACGUGCCAGUGUGGGUUGUGGUCUUGUAGAAGAAAGACCAAUAGUUACACUGAAUUUGUUCACUAUAUUAUGGACAAACUUGAAUAUUACGCCAAUGUCACUUAUGAAGCUUUCACUAAUUUUUACUAUGAAAAUUCAACCUCUACUAUGGGAAACUAUAUAUCGGAUGUCCCGGAAUCGCCGGCUUUGCGUACGUUUGAAGCAAAAUAUAAACCUGUUCACGGGUACUUAGCAGCUAGUGUUUGUGUUUUUGGAGUCAUUGCUAACGUGUUGAAUAUAAUAGUGCUUACCAGAAAGAAUAUGGUUUCAUCUACAAAUAUUAUUCUGACUGGAUUAGCUAUAUCUGACGGACUUACAAUGGCUUUCUAUUUCCCAUGGGCGUUACAGAUGUAUGUAAUACAUGGAAUUGAAGUAAGCCCGGAGAGAGAUACUGAAGGGUGUGCGAAAUAUCAACUUAGUUACGCAAUUAUAAGCGUCAUAGUGCAUUCUAUAUCCAUUUGGUUAACCGUCACGCUUGCUGUUUUCCGCUAUGUCUUUAUACGUUUUCCUCGGAUUGGAGCCCAAUACUGCAAUGUACAGAAAGCCAAAACUGCAGUCAUAACGGUGGCAGUGGUUGUGACCAUAGUUUGUAUACCAAACUCAAUUUCGUAUGAGUUGAGAAGCGAUCCAGCUCCCCUUCAUGGUUUCGGAAACAAUAGUAAUAUUUCCAUUUGGUGGAUUGAUGUUAAAAAUAGUACCAAAACCGACGUCGUUCUGCAAAAAUUCAAUUUUUGGGUACAGGCUAUAUUUGUCAAGCUACUGCCGUGCUUCUUGCUUACUGUAUUUAGUGUCUUGCUCGUCAGAACAAUGCAAGAUGCUGAAAAAAGGCGCAAAAAGAUGAUGACCAAAAACUCAGUGGCAGACGGGGAAACUCAACCCAUUGGUACAAGCUCGAAAAGAUCUCGCCGUUCCCAGCGAACAACAAGAAUGCUUCUCACUGUAGUUAUUCUAUUCUUAGUAACGGAAACGCCACAAGGAAUUAUGAAUUUACUCAGUGGCCUAAUUCAAGAUUUUUUCCAUCAUAUCUACACACCGCUUGGUGACUUGUUAGACAUUCUUGCCUUGAUAAACAAUGGUAUAAACUUUGUGUUGUACUGUACAAUGAGCAAGCAGUUUCGAGACACGUUUAUAUCCGUGUUUUUCCGAUGCUUUCCGAAAAUGCUUGAUGGACGCAAACUUCAAACUGUAACUACCAUGGUUACGACCAGAGAUUCUGAAGUUUAGUGCCGACCAUAUUUCAAGCAAAGUAGAGACUUUAAAAAAGAUUUAGAUAUGUACAUACAAAAUGUAAAUAAUUGUUCUUAAGUUAAUGUAAUUAUUUCAAUAUGUCUUAGGAUAUUGUAGUUUAGUUUCGAUAUUGUGAAAUUUCUGAUUGAAUGCGUGUUGUUUUUGCUAAAUUCUGUAUAUUGCCUGCGUAAAUGAUAUUUUUCGCAAGUCUGUUUUUUCUGCUUGUCGUUUUAAUAAUAUAGUUAUUGUUUUUCUUUCGCAUAGUAUGGCAGUCAACCUUAUGUGUCACUGGCGAGACUGACCUUAUGUGUCACUGGCGAGACUGAACCAUCACCCGAUAUUAUUUUAUGAAGAGCAAAAAUCCAAUCUACCCUUAAUCUAUUAUUUUUUAAACUUUAUAUUCAUUUCAAGUAUUUUGUAAAAUUUUAAAUUUAUUUUUAACAAUGAAGUAUAUAUGUUCAAAUGUAUUUUUAUCGCUAGAAUUUAAUAAAUAAAAGCACAGGCUAGAGUAUCGGACCUGGGAUGAAAACAAAAAGAUAAAAUCACCUGUUUUCAUCCUAAAUAAAUUCAAAAUGAAAAACAUAUAGACUAAGUGGAAUGUGAACCUCUUACAAAUGAUACAAAUCAUCUACACUAGGCCGGAAUCCAGAGAUUCGAGCCUGCGAGCAAUAGGUUCACUUUCCACGCCGACGUGAAAUAAAUUCUCAAGAUAAUUACACAAACUAUCUAUCACUAUUUCACGGAUGUAUUUAGUAAGGAAAUGAGUCAAGCCACAAACGGCGUUUUAUCUGUGUGUUCUUAGUUUUCUUCCCAGGUCCGAUACUCGUGUUUGUGAAUAAAAGAUAAACCACGGUAUGCAGCAAAUGAUCCAGUUCGGUAAUAUAAAUUGCCAAGCUUAUUCGGUGUUUCAUUAUAUAUGUAUGUAAAACGGUGUUGAGAAAGGCAGUUUUUAUUCAAAAACUUUGAUGUUUCAUCUGUGAUUUAAAGAGUCUAUUGCUGUGAGUUUAUGAAAUAUUUAUAAGUUAUUGUUUACUUUUGUCUUGCUUUCAUGAUUAAAAUAGGCUUGUUUAAGUUAUACAUUAUGUUUCAGUUUUGAACGUUUCCUUGAUACAUUUUCCUUUUCUGUUUGCAACUGCAAAAGUUUUUGUAUAUUAAAGACUACAAACAAGAUUUAUUUAUAAUGUAAAUAAAUAUUGUUUAAAGUAAUACCUGACGAAAAUACAUACACAUCCCGUUCGUCUAAAUAAUUCACGGAGUGAUUCUAUUUUUAUUUUAAGAUUUGUGUUUAAUUUAUCACAGUUAUUCCUAUUGAUAGGACAUGUUACACUGUAAAUUACAGAGUCAGUUGAAAACACAAAAUUGCUACGUUGGCUUUAUUCAUUCAUUGAUUGUUACGAGAGUGAUUGAAAAGAAAUGCAACCAUCAUUUAGGUUAGAUGAGAUAUUGAAAGACAGUUGUAAAAUCUUACGUUUAAGCUAUAAUCAGAAUUAAUUUCAUUGUAUUCAAAUACUAAACAACCUUGGUACGUAUAUUUUGUUAAGGUAAUGUCAUAUCCGCUAGCAAACAAAGUUGGGUAGUUUGAUUUGCAAGCUGAUGUGGCACAUACAUUUUAUUUUGAUGGCUUAUAAAAUAUGUAAUUUGGCUCCAUGAUUUAACAACCAAAGUGGAAUCAUGUUACUGUGUCGCGAUAAAUUUUAUCAGGUUUAUAUUUUUGAAAUUGUCUGUAUGUUAAAACCCGACUCGAAGCUGACAUUGACUUUAAACGUAGAUAUCGCUUAGUAUAGAAAUAUAUUAAAAACAAAAGAGGAGUUUUCGUAAGAAGUAACUGGAGAAUAAAUACUAAUUUGAGAAGAACACUACAGAAUACUUAGUAACUGGUUUAGUUCAAUUUUUAGGAUUUCUGCGAAGACUAAAGUUUUUACGUAGUGAAAUGUUAGUUUAACUACGUGUUCAGACAAUACUGAAAUGAAAAGAAAUCAGGAAGUAAUAUAAGUACCAAUUUGAACUGAAAAAUUAACAUUUUCAAAUUUAAGAAGAAAAAUGUUGUAAUAUGGCUUAAAAUGCCCCCGCCCUACACACCUUUUACAUGUAUGUAGAUUGUUAGCUGAAGUGAGAGGAGAUAUAAUUUAGGGAAUCAAAACAGGAACCUUUAAAAAAAUUAGCAGAGUUUGUGAAAUUCGGACCCAGCCUCUGUAAAAAAUGACAUUUCACAUAACUUAUUCUUAUGAUAUUCUCAAAUACUGCCACAACUAAAAUACAAUGAAAAUUGUGUAUAUAUUUCAGACAUCAUGUAACAGAAGUAGUGAAUAAAAAGCUUAUAUACCCAACCAUUGUUCAUAUCAAUACAAAAAUGCUUAACUAUGUUUUUGUGAGCUUACUUUAGGAACUUCCUGUGAAGACAUAAAUUAUGUUAAUCAGUUUAGUCUAUGUACAAAAUAAAUAUUUAUUCACUGUCAAAUUUGUUCCGGUUGAAAAUAAUGCGUCGAGUGUCCGAUAAUUCAACGCUGAAGUAAAAUAUUUUGGAGACCUAAAGUAUACGUGUUCACAACAAAAACAAUAUAACUGAUUUUUUAUGAUAUAAAAUAAUAAUUAUGUACUUUUCAAAUUAAACCUACAUUGUUUAACAACAUUAUCGAAUGAUUUCUGAUAUUUAUACAUGUAGGAAAUUUGACAUGUCAUGCUCUCUAUUUUGCUUGUUUAGUUUUCAUUUAAGUCGUAUCGACUUCCAACUUGCAUAUACUUACAUAUACAUUUACAGGCCGCAAACCAUAUCUUAUUGUCCUGUAUUCCAUUUCCUAUCUCUCUGAGAACUUUCCAUAAUUCUAAUAAUACUUACAUCCAGACAGCUGGUUACAAAAAUUGCAGAUUAUGAGAAUAACAUCUUCUUUACAUUUGCUCCAUCGACUUAUUAAGUUUGAUAUAUUUAACCAUACAUGUCCUUCUCUCCUUUGUAAAACACAAAUAUUUAGAAAAUGAGAAUAUUCCUGUGGAUUUUUAUAUGUCUCCAACAUAAAUAUUACAAAAAUUCGAAAUUUAAAAAUUACAGGAGUAACACUCGAAAGAAUAUUUUUGUGAAACUUUAACAGAAUAUUGUCUGCUUUCUUUUAAAGUCUGGGUUACUUUCUUUCAAAAUCAAGAUCAUUUUAAACUAUGAUUUUGUUACUAGUUCCCGGAAAAAAGUAAUCAUAAUUUAAAUACCAACUUAAGUUUAUAUUCAUCAUGUAGAGAUGGUGCCUACCCAAGAAAAUCUAAGGUGAACAACUCUGAAUUGAGCAAUUAAAUUGGAGCCAAUAUAAAACAUUGGUGAAAGAAAAAUCAGAUAGGUCCUUUUCCCAACAACUGAUCAAGCAGACAAAAUAUGACCUACAUUUGUUUAAAUCUCUUUGUAUUCAAUAUACAACAUGCACAUUUUUCUCAUGGCUUACAGUGACAGUUAUUUUGUAAGUUGUAGAAAGUUUAGUAGUGCAUGAAAAUAAAGUAAAAUAAUGCAUAAAUCCCUUUGAAGAAAUUUUACGACAUUAAGAAACGUUAUUAAGUUUCAAUCUUUUAGCCAAAGUUAUUCAUUGUUCUCAAUGAUGAUACAUUGGUUUACACAAAAUUUAUAUAUUAAAAUGUAAAAUGUAUAUAUCCAACAAUGAAAAAUUACAAAAAAAGAUAAAUUGGUAUCACAUUUGUGUAACAACGUAGCUAGACUGGUUAUAUUCAUCACUUCAGCGAAUCAUUUUGAAAGUGUUUCUUAUGCUUUAGUCAUUUUGAAGCAUUUCUCUUACUGUUCAGGAGUACUUUGCUGCAAAUAAUGUAACACAAAAAGUCAUUGUCAUCAAAUGAAAUUACAACAUUUUAAGGAAGUGGUUGUAAUUACAACAUUUUAAGGAAGCUGAUAGGUCAUGACUCUCUGCAAUGCAUUUAAGCGAUUCAACAUUCUCUGGAUGGAAUUAUCACGAUCAUUACUUUCCACGAAAAACGAAUAAAUGCUGAAAAAGAGAUGGAGAUUACUUUAUUUGAUGAUUUUCGUUACAGUCAACUUAAACAAACUAUAAUGUGUUUUAUUUAUAGUUGUAAACAAAGUAAGCGAGUAACUUCAGAUUUCAACAUUAAUACGCAACUUAAAAACAAAAGAUUUUUGUUGGGCCUCUUGUUUACAAUUAUAUCAACAAUUAUCACCUCAAUUGAGUGCAUUCAUGAGUGGAAAAUAUUGAUGGUAAAAUGGGGUAGGGGUUUGUUUAUAUUAUAAAAUGCGUAAUAACUUCUUUCAGGUAAAUUUUUGGUAUGGUUUUGGUAAGCUUAUAAUAAAGAGCAUUUCAUUCUCUUUCUCUCAGACAUUCAUACAUUUUAGGCUCUUAGCUAGUCCUGAAUUUUGACUUUAUUAAAAGGCAAAAGGAAGUUCAGUAUAGGCUCUUUCAAAGUGUUGAAAGUAAACUAAACGUACACUAUACCCUAUUGAAUUUAUUUAGCUGAGGAGACUUUUGUUAUAGACUAUAAUUAGGGAAAUCCUAAAAUCAUUGAAAAACAGUCAAACAAGAGUUGUCGAUUUUGCUUCAGAUAUUUUGAGAAAGUCAUUUUUUGAAUAUCAAAUAUUUCUAUUUUACAUGGAGAGGAGAAAAACCAAAAAUGUAUGUAGUACAUUGGUGCACUUAGCUAUCACUUCACUCCGAAAAAAAAUCUGUAAAGAUGAAUUUGAAUUUUUAGGUACCAUCUCUACAUAAUGUCCACUUUGUAAUAGAGUAUUUUUAUGAUAAGCGUCUGCUGAAAAUGAAUGACUACAAUUUAGCAAAUUGGAAUGUACACGUUCUGAACAUAGCUAUUUCAUUGAUAACAAUUUAAAAGUGAACGGCUAAGCAGUAGAAAGGAUGCAGACUUUUGCAAAUAUUAUUAUUAUUAUUUUUGCAUUGGUACCCUUGUUUAAAUAAAAAAUGUCAUGUAUACACUUUAUAAACAAAUCGUUUUAGUAAAAUAAGACUGCCUUUCCUCGGAACUAUAUCCAUACUUCUUGUUAAUAUUCUGGAUAAUCUCUUUGUCUAUAUGGCAUAUACAAUGUAUAUAUGUAUGAAUGAAGAAGUGUUACUAUAUACAUGUAGUAUACAUCAUAGUGUCAAUAUGUCUUUGAAUAGUCUGAUAUUUUUUUGCUUAUUGAAUAAAGUACAAUGUAUCA